AUGCCACCCGAGAGAAUUGGAUCGGGAGAUGAGAUUAUGGGAGGCGCCGACAUGAUAAGAUUGGAUGCCGAUUCGCCGAGAGCUGCGGAGGUUGAAAAGGUCGAUACGAGACACCGCCCAACGCUGAUCACCAUCGCCUUGAGCAAAUACCGCCACACGCUUGGAAUCCCUAAACAAUCACUCCUACCUCCGUACCAGGCUGUCGUCGAAUUGACCAUGGACAACGACUCUCCCUAUAUAAACGACAUCGGCCUCCAACCUCCCUCUCCCUCCGACGCCCACGCAACUUUCGACUCCUUCGACUUUGCAAACAACCCCUCCUCCUACGCACAGCAGAGCCCCUCAUACAACGGCUCCUUCAACGGAUCGCCCUAUUCGAAUCACUCAGAGCUCUCCUACGCCGUAGAGGACAACCUCAACGCCCUCAACAACCCCAACAACUACACAGUCUUCGACGACAGCGUCUCUGGCGUACAGGGCUUAAAUCCUCUUAACAGCGGCGCGCUGGGCUUGCGCGACUACGAUCCAUCUGAUUUCGACGCUCCAAACACGGGAUCCUCAUUGCUGAUGUUUGAUACAGAGUACAUGACCCCCUACGAGACACAUAUCUCCUCGCUUUCUCACCACGGCCACACCAGCCAAGACUACCAUCGCGGGACGUACGACUACUCUUCGCCAUCUUCGAAUGGGGGAGAUAGUGGAAACGAGGAUAUCAGGAGCAGAGCAUCCUCGGUGUCGUCGAACCAUAAUCCACACAAUACGAUGCACCAGGGCAAUGGGAAUGGGAAUCAUUUAUCUAGCCCGCCACCCAAUCUCUCCCCAUCACCACGACUUGGGGUUGCCCAGAACCUCGAAAAUCUCUCGUUCCAUUCUCCAAGCUGGGGGACUAGCCCCCUUCCCCAGCUCCCCAACAAUCAAGACAAUAAUAAGACGCAAUCUCCGCCUCGGCUUCUCAUGCCAGACUCAUCGCCACACAUGCAGUCUCAGCCGCCUCCAACGAUAAACGCGCCUGAUGAUGAUGGUCAAGGGCAUGGUCCGAGUUUGAACAUCGUUCCAGCGACGCCGAUAGGUGGGAUGAAUGCUUCACAGGUUCCGUUUCAGAACACGCUCGAGACUGUCUCACAAGAGUCAGGCAACACAUGGGAAGACGAUCGUCAAUCGAACUUUACCUUCCCUCAACAACGUCGUACGGGUCUUCAUAGCCAAGGCAUACUCAACCCAUCCUCCGCUUCCCCGUCUCCUGCCCAUCACUCUGUCGACCUUCCUCCUGACAACGACAACGCGGCAAAUCCCGACGGCGCCAAUUCCAAGGGCUUAAUGUCUAACGGAUUCCUAUUUCCGAAUAACACACUUUCUGGAGCCAACGGGUCGCGAUCACGCAGUAAGAGCGACACAUCUGCGGAGCCACCAAACUGGGAUACCUCGAACGUUGCAGCGUUCGCCCGCGAAACGAGUGCAUUUGACGAUCAAAGUGUCAGACAGCAAGGGCAAGGCCACUUGACUGGCAACAACUUCAACAACUUUGCGCCCUUACCCCACCAACAGCCGCAUGCCAAUACCAAUAAUGAUAACACCAACCAUCAUCACUCAGCUUCAAACGAUUUCCUAUCUCCGGAUCUCUCGCUCCGUCGGUCGCGAUCUGAACAUCCCGGCGCUCGACCUGGGCACAUCAGGCAGUCGCGCUCGGAGGACUUGAGAGGGAUUGGGUCAACUAUAGGGCCUGGUACAAACGGAAUGAAUACCGGGAUGCUGCCGUCGGUGAAUCAGAGCUUAGGAAUGGGCUCGCCGCCUCUUGGGCAUGGACAUUCUCAAUCCUACUCUCAUAUUCGCCAAUCGUCUGAUUCCGCUGGCUUCCUGUUCCCCCCUUCGUCCCAGCAAGACUUCCUCUCGCGGCAACAUCAGUACCUCACCCCCUCUGGCAUGGUUGGCAUGGGCGGUAACUUGGGCGGCCCCCUAGACGGGAAUGUUCCUUCGAUAGGCGGACAACGGCACUAUCGCCGCGCCUCCAGCGGUACUCGUUCAGAGCGAGGUAUCUCUUCGUACUCCAACUCAGGCCAAGGCUUCAACGCCUCCCUCGGCGGAGGAGUUGAGGGUGCUUGGUCCGGCAAUUCCUCCGCCCGCGCUAGCCCUUACCCUAGUCCCAACGUCAGCCCCAGAGUGCAUUACGGGGACUUGCCUAGUAAUAUGGACAUUGGCUCUCCUGCGAUGGGCGGCGUCGGGUCGAAUCGAUCCGGGAACUAUGAUAAUUCGGGUUUGCCUGGGAUGAAUACCCCUAUGGUAGGUGUCGCGACGGUGAACGGUGUCAUGGCCCCCUCGGUUCCGUCAGGCGUACAGGUGCCUGUGGUGGUUUCGAAGCCGAAUGUGACUACGGGCCGGACGGCGAAUGCUUCACAUAAGAGAAGGAAACAGGAAGCUACAUUCGUUUGUCCGGUCCCUGGUUGCGGGAGCACGUUCACUCGAAGCUUUAAUCUGAAAGGUCAUAUCCGAUCUCACAACGAAGAGAAACCGUUCCAGUGUCAUUGGCCUGGGUGUGGCAAGGGCUUCGCGCGACAACACGAUUGCAAGCGCCAUGAACAGCUGCAUACGAAUUACCGGCCGUUUACAUGCGAGGGUUGCAGUAAGCAGUUCGCUAGGAUGGAUGCGUUGAAUAGACAUCGUGAGUCUCCGCCAGCCCUCUUCGAAUUCCAAUCAUUCGCUGAUGUUGUAUCGUUAUGCAGUGCGCUCAGAAGGCGGGACGGAAUGCCAGCGCCAGCUAGAGGCGACGGGGAACCUGCCGAAUCUCGACGGGGCUCAAGCUAA